AUGUUACUAGAAGAAGAAGCGAAUAUGGAAGAAUGCAUAGCUCAUCAAAUUUACAGUAAUGAAGUUUCAUGUCAGACACUUAUCCGAAUGAGUUCAGAGGCAUUCACACAGUUAUGUGAAAUAUUACAUGGGAAGUAUGGUUUACAAAGCUCGACGAACAUAAGCCUCGACGAGAGUGUUGCAAUCUUUCUAAUCAUUUGUGCCUCAAAUGAUACACAACGUGAUAUUGCAUUAAGGUUUGGACAUGCCCAAGAGACAAUUUGGCGAAAGUUUCAUGAUGUGCUUAAAGCAAUGGAACGAUUGGCUGUAGAGUAUAUACGCCCAAGAAAAGUCGAAGAACUUAGAGCUAUCUCUAAUCGUUUGCAAGAUGAUACAAGAUAUUGGCCAUUUUUAAUGGAUUUAUUGGGAAUUGCAAGCUUCAAUGUUCUAGCUAUAUGCGAUCUUGACAUGCUUUUCACAUAUUGUUUUGUCGGGAUGGCAGGAUCUACCCAUGAUGCACGUGUCCUUUCGGCUGCGAUAAGUGAUGAUCCACUAUUUCAUGUACCUCCAGAUAGUAAGUAUUAUCUUGUAGAUUCUGGAUAUGCUAAUAAACGUGGAUAUUUAGCUCCAUACCGAAGAGAACAUAGAGAGGCACAAGAUAUCAUCUCCAAUAAUUUUUUAACGGUGAACCUCUUCGAAACACAUAAUAUUAAAGACUAUGAUUUUGACAAUGUUGAUUCUGAGAAUAAUGUUGUACAAGCUCCACAUGAUGCGACAGAUGAGCAAGAUAACAAUGAUGGUAUUGAAAUUGAAGAAUCAUCAGAGGCAGAAAUGUAUAUGCGGAUAGUUCGUGAUCAAAUUGCUGAACACAUAUGGUCAGUAAAAGGAUAUGGAUCUCGACGUUGUCGAUAA